AUGGAGUUCAAGCUGUCUGCCCAGCUACCGGGCCAUGAGUCUGACGUCCGCGAUGUUCUCUUCCCAAGCCCCGACGUUGUCAUCUCUGCCUCUCGCGAUCACACUCUACGACUCUGGCGCAAGUCCUCCCAGAAGCCACCAUCCUUCGAUGCCACCGUCGUCACUCAGGGCCAGGAAUGGCUCUCCAGUCUUGCAUUCCUCCCCCCAAAUGCCGAGUAUGCCGACGGCCUUGUCAUCUCCGGCGGUAAGGACACCAUAAUCGAGGUCAAGAAGCCGACUUCCACCCCUUCCGACAACGCCGAGCGCCUGCUCAUCGGCCAUGCCCACAACAUCUGCGCGCUCGACUUGUCACCAAAGGGCACCUAUAUCGUGUCAGGGAGUUGGGACAAACAAGCCAUUGUCUGGCGGGUCGGCAAGUGGGAGCCCGAGCUGAGACUGGCCGGCCACGACGCAAGUGUGUGGGGAGUCUUGGCACUGGAUGAGACCACAGUCGUGACGGGAUCAGCCGACGAGAAGAUUCAUAUAUAUGACCUGCGUUCCGGUGCCGGUGGCGAGGUCAAGCCGCGGUCUACUAUAUACACUUCCGAUGUUGUACGUGCCGUGUGCAAGGUACCUCAAGGUCAUCCCACUGGCGCUGAGAUUGCCAGCGCACACAACGACGGGGUGAUACGGCUGUGGAAGCUCAACGGACAGUCUGUCGGCGAGUUGCACGGUCACGAGUCCUUUGUCUACAGCCUGGCGGCGCUCCCCAGCGGAGAGCUGGUGAGCUCGGGCGAGGACCGGACCAUCCGGGUGUGGCGGGGUCUUGAGUGUGCGCAAACAAUCACCCUGCCUGCCAUAUCGGUCUGGUCGGUUGCUGUGAGCCACCAGACCGGUGACAUCGUGUCUGGCUCAAGUGACGGCAUCGUACGUGUGUUCACAAGAAAUGCCGACAGCUUUGCAGACGCCGAGACCCUCGCAAGCUUCGAUGAGUCCGUCAAGGCUUCCUCCAUCCCUGCGCAGCAGAUGGGCGGUAUCAACAAGGAGAAACUACCCGGUCCAGAAUUUCUAACAUCGAAAGAUGGGACCAAGGAAGGGCAGAUCCAGAUGAUCAACCAGCCGAACGGCUCUAUUACUGCGCACCAGUGGUCUGCCGGUGAAAGGAAAUGGAUCGAGGUUGGCACGGUCGUGGAUGCUGUUGGGAGCAGCGGCAAGAAGGUCGAGUACAUGGGCAAGUCCUACGAUUAUGUAUUCGACGUGGCCAUCGAGGAUGGCGCCCCAGCGUUGAAGCUCCCAUACAAUCUGUCUCAGAACCCGUACGAGGCAGCCUCAAAGUUCCUGAGCGAUAACGAGCUACCCCAAACCUACUUGGACCAAGUUUCGAAUUUCAUCGUCGAGAACACCAAAGGUGCGACGAUCGGUCAGAGCUCAGGUCCGGCCGUUGAUGAGUUCGGCACCGGCAGAUACCAGCCCGGGGAUGACUCCGCGUCACAAGCCCCUCCUGCAAAGAAGUCUCUUCCCCAGGACAAGUACCUAACCAUAGCCACUGCCAAGUUCGAUCCAGCGGUCAAGAAGAUCCUGUCGAUCAAUGCCACGAUGAUAUCUUCUGGCAGGAAGGAAACCGCUCUCAACCCGGCUGAGGAGGCCACCCUGGCCAAAUUGGCAGAGAACCUAAGCAAGGCGAUCCCAAGCGUGCCGGCAUCGGUUCCUGGCACUGCUGCCGCGCCGACCUCUCAACCCCUCACCAUCUCGGAGCACGACCUCGGCCUCGUGCUCAAGCUUGUCAGCCAGUGGCCUGACAACGAGCGCCUCCCCGGUCUCGAUCUCCUACGAUGUGUGGCCACAUCGCCCCUGGCUGCAGGGUUCACCGGCCCCAGCGGCGAGUCCAUCAUCGACAUCGCCCUACGCGCCGCCUUCCAGCCCAGCGGUGGCUCAAACAUCAACGAGAACUGCGCCAUGAUGGCAUUCCGGGCGGUAACGAACCUGUUCACGACCGAACAGGGCCGGCAGGUCGCCCACGCGCACGCGGAGAAGGUGGUCGACCACAUGGAGUCGCUCGUCGGCAUAUCAGACACCCCCUUCAAGGGCCCCGUGGGCUUCCCCAACAACCGCAACGUCCUGAUCGCGGUCACCACCGCGGCGCUCAACUACGCGGUCCUCGCCUCCCUCGUCGCGCGGAAGAAGGUCAGCGUCGGCGCCGGCGGCCCCAUCACGCCCGAGGUGUUUGGCCUCCUGGCGAACGUUCUCGCCAAGAUCCUGCAGGGCCAGUCGGACCCCGAGGUCAGCUACCGCGCGCUGGCGGCCCUCGGCACCAUCGCUGCCGCCGGCUACGCCGAGGUCGUGCGGACACUCGGCGCGGACUCGGCUGUGCGGAAGGUGCUGAGCGCGGGCGGUGAGGAGCGCGUGACGAACCUGGCGAAGGAGGUUAUUGGGUUGCUUUAG